AUGUCGAGUCUUGCUCACAAGGCUCGCCCCAUUGUCACAUCUGAUACUGAUCACUCCUCCGAUGUAGAGUUAGUCAAUGAAGAGUCAUUGGCAGGCAACAACCCAACAGCAUCCAAGCAGGCAAUGAUCACGAAGACCCACAGGCGCGCGAAUGCUCAAUCUAUGAGCGUGCUGGUCGUUGGGCCCGGUGAUACGCUAGAGGUGGCUCUAAGUGCCGGGCACAACACCAAAACAACCUCUAAUGCAGGGGGUGCUGGAGCUAAAAUCGAUGGCGUACUGAGAAGCAACGGGGAGUAUGAGAUUAUAGCGCCCGAACGGUUUCGGGACUGCGCCGAACACCGACCGAACGUUCGCUGGUUUAUUCCAGAGUUGUAUAUGUCGAAUGGGCGCCAAGCCUUGGCGAUCAGAGAAGAUAAGGAGGUAGGGUGGCCAAGCAAUGGUGUAAGAUUGCGUUUGACCAACCAUGCGGAAGUCGGGACGAUAAGUGAUAAGGACCGACUGACUCACGGAGGACAUCGGCCGAUACGGAAUACUGGCUCCGAUCUCGUACACACCUAUCGUAACCCUCCUGUGCGGUCAUGGGACCGACCGUGUUCGGUAAAAGUCGGCGUCUUCGGUACUUGUCUAGCACUGUUCGGUAUCUCCCCAAAGCUUCCCGAAUCCCUCCCUCGGACCCUAGCGCGGGUGCAUGCUCAUCAUCUCCUCCCUACUGAAAUCCUGACUGUCCCCACGACUAAGUCCCUCAUCGCCUUCUUUCCUCCCUCUUCGUCUCUCAUGUCGUCCCUUAUUUCUGUCCUGAAGGCGAAACUCGCCGAUUACAUGCUCUCCCUCCCGGACGGCGCUGCCGAAUAUGAGGAUUACGAGGUCUGGGGGCAAGGGUUCGCCAAACGGGUGGCUGUUUUCGAACGUUCGGCGCAUGGGCAAGACGUGCCCGAACUCGCCGACUUUAUCACUGAGGCCGAACGUGGUCUCGAUCCGAUGGCUACUGACGACUGGCUGGUAUGGGGAGCGCGAAUCCUGCCGCAGCGGGCGGCGCGCGUCGCUUUGCAGCAACAACAGGCGGCCGAGGAACAGGCACUAGUGGAGGAGAGGGAGCGUGUUGCCGUCGCCGAACAGGAGGCUGCCGAAGCUGAGGCGACGCGGGCUGCUGCGGCUCGGAAGUCGGCUGAAGUAGAUCGUGAACGGCGCCGGGAGUUGCUGGUGGACGCGAUGUUUGAUGGCUCGCUCGAUCCUGAAGAGGGUGAGCGUCAAUUGGCUGAGCUCGAGGCCGAGUCCGUCUUCCCUCUCCCUCUCUUCCUUCUCUCUCCUUCUCCCUCCGCCGCCGCUUCCUCUUCUCAUCCUGUCCCGUCCGCCGACUUAUCCCAUCCCGAUCCGUCCGCCGACUCGUCCUAUCCCGACCCGUCCGCCGACUCGUCCUAUCCCGACCCGUCCGCCGACUCGUCCUAUCCCGACCCGUCCGCCGACUUGUCCUAUCCCGACCCGUCCGCCGCUGACUCUGCGCUUGCAUCCGCAACCGAUGCCCUGGACCGAAUGAGCAUGGGUCGGGUCGCCGCCGCUGCCCCGACCGACGUGAAGGGCAAACAGUCGGCCGCGGCUGUUGUCGUCGAGUUUGCUCACCAACGGACGCCACCUCUUGGACGUGUUGUCCUUCCUCUCGGCCCUGGGACGGGCCGAAUGUCGACCGUUAGGUCCCCUGUGGAGCGGAAUGGUGCCGGUAAAAUGCUCGAAGAUCCGCCCGAGUUGUUACCUGGUGAUGUACUGGCCAACUACACUUGUCACCGCUGUGCGACCGCCUUUCUGACCAAGGCGUUCCGUUGCUACCAGAGACCUGGGCUGGUGUCGUGCACUAAGUGUGCCAGGGAGUCGAAGGGGUGUAGCUUCCAGCCCGGGUGGAUGCCGGUGGAGAAGGGGAAGGGGAAGUCGAAGGAGAAGGGGAAGGGGAAGUCGAAGGAGCAGUCGGCGCCCAAGGCGGAGGAGAGGGAACGCCCCUUAAAGCGUCGUAAGGUAGAGGUGGUUAUCCCCGUGCGGUCAGUCGGGGAUAGCAUCGCCCAAACGAAAGCCGUUCGCACCCGAAAGCCGGUCCAGCGGCUUCCUACCACGGCUAGGGCCGUCCUCGCUCCUACCCGCCCUUCCCGCGCUCGUUCGGCUGCCUUCCCCGCUCCUUCCGACUCUUCUCUUCUCUCGCCCAUCGUCGCCCAAGGCAUCGCGUCUGAGCUUCGGUACCGCAUCGCGGUGGCUGAGGUCGCGAUGUGGCAGGCUGAGCUCGAGUCGCUCGAGGUGCGGGCGGGUCCAUCCACGUCCCCCGACGCUGUCUUGGUCGAGGACUCGUCGGAGGCAGACGAUUCGGGAAGGUCGGUGUCGGACGACUUUCUUCCCGAUGAGUAG